AUGGACGACUCGUACGACGAAUGGUCGGAUCCGGAAGAAUGUGAUUUUGAGGACAAUUAUUGCGGUGCAGAGGAAGGCGUCUUCUGGGGUGUCGUCACAGACGCUGAGCGCCAGUUUCGCGAGCAAUGGCGCCAACGGUUGGCCGCGAAGGCCGCCGCCAUCGCCGCUGAAGACAGUGAGUCCACGGCUCGUGACAGCGAGUCUAUCGCUGAAGACAUUGUUUCGUCUGUUGAAGACAACGAGUCGCGCGUUGAAGACAAUGAAUCCCUGUCCACGAGUGUCGCCCCAAACGAUGUGACUGUCGGUGACAUAUCGGCGGUCGAUAUGUCUAAAACUGAGUACUCGUUGGUUGUCUCCACUCUGGGCUCUCAAUCGCCGACUGAUAUGUUGUCUCAAAAAGCGGAAGACCACGAAUCGGCCGAUCAUACCGGCGAUGAACGCAUGGAUUUGACAAUAGAUAACAUAUCGACCAUUGAUUUCUCGAAAACUAAUUACUCAAUGAACUCGUCGUUUGGUUCGCGACUAUCGAUCAAAACUACGGCCGAAACACCGCUGAAAGCGAUUGACGUUAGCGUCGAAGACAUUGAGCCGUCAGUUGUAGACAACGAGUUGCGCAUUGAAUCCCUGUCCACGAGUGUCGCCGCGAACGAUGUGACCGUCGGUGACAUAUUGGCUGUGGAUAUGUCUAAAACUGAGUACUCGUUGGUUGUCUCCACUCUCGGCUCCCAAUCGCCGACCGAUAUGUUGUCUCAAACGCCCGGAAAAGCCGCCGAAGUUCAUGGCGUCGAUUGCGAGCCUCACGUCGAAGACAACGAGUCCACGGCUCGAGACAACGAGUCUAUCGCUGAAGACAUUGUUUCGUCGGUUGAAGACAACGAGUCGCGCAUUGAAUCCCUGUCCACGAGUGUCGCCGCGAACGAUGUGACCGUCGGUGACAUAUCGGCGGUCGAUAUGUCUAAAACUGAGUACUCGUUGGUUGUCUCCGCUCUCGGCUCCCAAUCGGCGACUGAUAUGUUGUCCCAAACGCCCGGAAAAGCGGCCGAAGAAGACCUCGAAUUGGCUGAAGAAGACCUCGAAUCGGCCGAUCAUACCGGCGAUGAACGCAUGGAUUUGACAAUAGAUAACAUAUCGACCAUUGAUUUCUCGAAAACUAAUUACACAAAAAACUCGUCGUUUGGUUCGCGACUAUCGAUCAAAACUACGGCCGAAACACCGCUGAAAGCGAUUGACGUUAGCGUCGAAGACAUUGAGCCGUCAGUUGUAGACAUUGACUCUUCCGAUGAAGAGUUUGAUUCUUCCAUCGAAGUCAUUGAAUCUCAAACUGAAGACAUAAAAGAAGUCGAGGCUAAGAUCGGAUCCCAAUCGGCGAAUGUGACCGCAAUUGAUAUCACUGUCGAUACCUCCACAGCUGUGGAUAUGUCUAAAACUGAUUUUUCUUUAAUUGUCACAACUCUGGGCUCAUCUUCGGCUCAAAUGGUGUCUCAAACUCCGGUCAAAGUGGCCGAAGACACCCAAUCGGAGAGCAUUACCGCAAAUGAGGGGAUCGAUGAAAGCGUUAAUGUGACCGAAGGUAACACAUCUGCCAUUAAUUUCUGGAACAAUGAUUACUCGAUGAUCUCAUCGGUCGGCUCUCGACUAUCGGUUCAAAAUAUUGCCGAAACACCGGUCAAAGCGAGUGAAGUGACCGCUGAAGGCAUACAAACGCCAAAUGUCACCAUCAAUGAGACGAUAGAAGAGCACGUGUUUACCGAUGGACAGGACGUCAAGAGGUCCGAGUACUCGAUGAUUGUCUCAACUCUCGGCUCGCCAUCCGCUGCCGUGGCUAUGACUGAAACGCCGUGUAAAGUGGCCGACAAUACUACCGAUACUGUGGGCACAGAAUCACCGCUUUUAACCACUACUGAAGCCACUAAUGAGCACAAGUAUGCCAUCGAUGGCGAUAUGUCUGCCGUUGAUAUGUCUCAAAUCAAUUACUCGAUCUGUGUCUCAUCGGAUGGCUCUCAACCACUGUCCGAAACACUGGCCAACAAUAACGCUGCCGACGAGUCAAUAGUUUUGGAGACCAAUGAAACAAUGAAUCACAACAAGACUGCCAUCGAUGACGAUAUAUCUGCCGUUGAUUUGUCGCAAAUGAAUAACUGGCGAAAUGUUUCAUCGGUGGCCAAAACCCCGCUAAAACUGAUUGAUAAAAGCGUUGUCAACGGAGAGACACCAGUUGUGGCCACCAAUGAAGAGGUUGAUGAGGAUAUUUCAGCCGUUGAUAUGUCUCAAAUCAUUUACUCGGUCUGUGUGUCAUCGAUGGGCUCUCAAUCACUGCCCGAAACAGUGGCCAACAAUAGCGUUGUGGUCGAAGAGGCGCCAGUUUUGACCGCCGCUGACGCCGUCGAUCACAACAAGAGUGCCAUCGAUGGCGAUAUCUCGGCAUUCAAUUUGUCUCAAAUGAAUAAUUGGCGCAAUGUUUCAUCGGUGGCCAAAACGCCGCUAAAACCCGUUGAUAAAAGCGUUGUUACCGAAGAGAUUGAGACACCAGUUGUGUCCACCGAUGCAGAUGUCGACGAAGAUAUAUCGGCAGUUGAUUUGUCGCAAAUCAAUUACUCGGUUUGCGUUUCAUCGAUGGGCUCUCAACCACUGCCCGAAACACUAGCCAACAAUAGCGUUGUGGCCGAAGAGGCGCCGGUUUUGACCGCCGCUGAAGCCGUCGAUCACAACAAGAGUGCCAUCGAUGGCGAUAUCUCUGCCUUCAAUUUGUCUCAAAUGAAUAAUUGGCGUAGUGUUUCAUCGGUGGCCAAAACGCCGCUAAGACCUGUUGAUAAUAGCGUUGUCAACGCAGAGGUAGAGACACCAGUUGUGGCCACCAAUGAAGAGGUCGAUGAAGACAUUUUAGCCGUUGAAUUGUCUCAAAUCAAUCACUCGGUCAGCGUUUCGUCGAUAGGCUCUCAGCAUUUGCACGAAUCGACGGCUGAAUUGUCGCACAAAGUGUUGGAUAUCAUAACUGAAGAGUCGGAAUCGCCGAAUGUGUCCACUCAUGAGGAGUCCGUCGACGGCUUAUCACCCGUUGACACCUAUAAAAUUAAUGAGUCUUUGAUUCUCUCGGCAUUUGGCUCAUCGACGACUGAAAUGAUGACCAAAACACUCGCCAAAGCGGGCGAAGAACGCCAUUUUGCGAAUAUCACCGCAACUGAUGUCGAGGAACCGAUGGAAGUGGAUGUGACCGUCGAUAACGUGUCAACCAUUGAUUUCUGGAAAAGCGAUUACUCGAUGAUCUCGUCGAUUGGCUCACGACUAUCGACCAAAACAAUGACUGAAACACCGGUUAAAUCAUUGGAUGCGACCCUCGAAGGCAUACAAACACAGGACAUAGUGUCGCCGCAAACGCCGGUAGAAGUGGUCGAAGUGAACGCCGCAGACCUGUUGUCGCCGUUUGAGCUGAACGUGAAGUUGUCGGGCCGUAAACGCAGAGCCGCGACACCGAUGGCCGCCGACGCGGUGGACGUACCCAUCACUAUGUCUCUCAUAGACCUCAACACAACGACCAUAAAAGCCAGUGGCAAACCGUCGGCCAGACUUCGGCCCACACCUCGAGUCCACUUCAAAGAGACGACACCCGCGACUCCAGUGCGACCCGAAGAGGACGUUCCCAUCACUAUGUCUUUGGUAGACCUCAACACAACUGUCGCCAAAUCGACACCAAAACCGGUCAAAAGCGCACUCAAGUCGACGCCACGAUUCCCAUCGAAGAUAACGGCGCCCAAAGUGGACACCAAAGACAGCACUAUGUCUUUGAUAGAUCUCAACACAUCGGCCGCACACAAGCCCUCAAGACUUCAGUCGACGCCGCGUUUUGGAUCCAAAAUACCGAAGCCUAAGGCCAGUGGUGUCGGCCGCGUCUCGACGCCCCGUUUCGUGCCCUCGCGCUCCAGCUCUGGAUUGUCGGCGGCGGCCAGCGUUGGCCGACUGUCUGGUCUGAACCGGUCGUCGUCGGGAAGUGUCCGUAAGUCGAGCCGUUUGUCGACAAUAAUGCAGUCGCGGAACUCGUCGGCCAAUGAGUCCACUCUUGACUUUAUACUCAACGAAAUGAAAUGCAAUGUUUCCGAUGAAAACAGC